AUGUCCGUUUCAUUCGAUUUCACAGGGAAAAAGAUUCUGGUAACCGGCGGGAGUCAAGGCAUUGGUUUGGACAUUUCCAAGCGUUUGGCCAAAUCGGGAGCCCGUGUCUACGCUUUGGCGAGGAAUGAGACUGCUUUAAAAGCACUCGUCGAUGAGUUCCCUACCGUCACCCCGAUCGUUUGUGAUGUUUCGGCGAAGAGUGCAGUGAUCGAGAAAGCGCUUAAACCGCAUCAUCCAUUCGACGGCCUUGUCAACAAUGCUGGAAUCGCCAUCCUUCAGCCAGCGCUCGACGCUGAUCAGGAAAGCAUUGAUAAAAUUCUCACCGUGAAUCUCCGUGCACCAAUCGUUCUCGCAGGCAUUAUCGCCAAAGAGAUGAUCUCAAACGGGGUGAAGGGUUCAAUUGUGAACAUGUCAUCCCAAGCCUCACUUCGUCCAAUCGACGAUCACAUUGCGUACUGCAGUUCAAAAGCCGGCCUCGACAUGGCCACCCGGGUGAUGGCUCGUGAAUGGGGAAAAUCAGGGAUCCGCGUGAAUACCGUCAAUCCGACUGUCGUUUUGACUGAAAUGGGCAAAAAGAAUUGGAGUGACAAGGACAAAGCGGGUCCACUUCUUCAACAAAUUCCAUUGGGGCAUUUUGCAGAACCAAACGAUGUCACCUCUUCGGUUCUUUUCCUUCUCAGCGAUUCCUCGUCACUCACCACCGGUUCAGCGCUUCCUGUUGAUGGAGGAUAUUCGGCUAAU